AUGAGCCACGACGAGGCCCUUAAGCUAUUAGGGAAAAACCUAAAAAGUUCUCAGAUGAGCGACACAGGAAGCAACAAUGCGUUGCUGGAGUUUCUUACUAACCUCCCUCUGGCAAUACGGCAAGCGUCUGCUUAUAUGGCCAAGGAGCAGAUCUCGACUGCGCGGUACCUCAAGCUAUGCAAGUCCAGUGAUGAGGAUAUGGUUAAGUUGUUGAGUAGUCACUUUGACGACCGACACCGAUAUAAGAACAUUCAAAAUGCUGUCGCCACAACUUGGCUGAUUUCGUUCCAGCAAAUCUCAGAUCACGACGCGCUGGCGGCUGACUACCUUAGAUUUCUGUGCUUUUUAGCCGGGAAGGAUAUUCCGCACUCCCUGUUGCCGCCGGCGGGGACGCUAGAGACUGUUGAAGCAAUCGGGACCCUGAAGGCGUAUGCAUUUAUCUCCCAACAGAAUGAGUCGGAUAGCUACGAUAUCCAUCGGCUAGUUCAGAUAUCAAUGCUGAGCUGGUUAGAUGGAAAGGGAGAGCGACAGGAAUGGACGGCCAAAGUGUUAGAACGGCUUAACGAUAUAUUUCCUUGGCCCAAACACGAAAACCGAGAAGAGUGGAUAAGGUAUCUUCCUCAUACACAACAUGCUCUUCAACUACUGAAGAGAACAGAUGACGAGGAAGCGACAACAGGUCUUCUUUCCAAAGUGGGUGAGAGCUUUCGCAAUUUAGGGAAGUAUAAGGAGGCCGAGCAGAUGCAUCGGCAGGCGCUGCAGCUAUCUGAGAAGGUGUUGGGCAAGGAGCAUCCCUCCACGCUCACCAGCAUGAAUAACCUUGCCGGUGUGCUUCAUAGCCAGGGGAAGUAUGAGGAGGCCGAGCAGAUACAUCGGCAGGCGCUGCAGCUAUGGGAGAAGGUGUUGGGCAAGGAGCAUCCCGACACGCUCACCAGCAUGAGCAACCUUGCGGGUGUGCUUCGUAGCCAGGGGAAGUAUGAGGAGGCCAAGCAGAUAGGUCGGCAGGCGCUGCAGCUAUGGGAGAAGGUGUUGGGUAAGGAUCAUCCCUCCACGCUUGGUAGCAUGAACAACCUUGCGAGUGUGCUUGAUAGCCAGGGGAAGUAUGAGGAGGCCGAGCAGAUACAUCGGCAGGCGCUGCAGCUAUGGGAGAAGGUGUUGGGCAAGGAGCAUCCCGACACGCUCACCAGCAUGAGCAACCUUGCGGGUGUGCUUCGUAGCCAGGGGAAGUAUGAGGGCGCCGAGCAGAUACAUCGGCAGGCGCUGCAGCUACGGGAGGAGGUGUUGGGCAAGGAGCAUCCCUCCACGCUUCGUAGCAUGAACAACCUUGCGAGUGUGCUUGGUAGCCAGGGGAAGUAUGAGGGCGCCGAGCAGAUACAUCGGCAGGCGCUGCAGCUAUGGGAGAAGGUGUUGGGCAAGGAGCAUCCCCACACGCUCACCAGCAUGAACAACCUUGCGAGUGUGCUUGGUAGCCAGGGGAAGUAUGAGGAGGCCGAGCAGAUACAUCGGCAGGCGCUGCAGCUAAGGGAGAAGGUGUUGGGCAAAGAGCAUCCCUCCACGCUCACCAGCAUGAGCAACCUUGCGGUUGUGCUUGGUAGCCAGGGGAAGUAUGAGGAGGCCGAGCAGAUGCAUCGGCAGGUGCUGCAGCUAAGGGAGAAGGUGUCGGAGAUCAGAUGA